CCCUGUAGCACCCUACCUGCUCUCACUUUACCUUCUCAUUUUCUAGUUAGCUAAUCUCCUCUAACAAAACCUCUUCUUCCUUUCUUUAAUUUUUUUCAUACCAAACCACAUUUUCCUCUUCUACAAACUCAAUUUUUUCUCUUAAAAAAAAAAAAAUCUUUCUUUGAAUUAGUAAUUGGUUUAAAUCUCCCCUUUUCCCAAUUAAGCUUGGGAAUCUUAGCAACCACAUGUGUGGAGACAAAUCUAUGUUUUCAAAUCUGGAUAAGUCUUUUCAAGACAAGGUGAAAUUUGGUGAUAAUUCCACUAUUGCAGUCAAGAGAAGGGGAAAGGUAACCAUUCGUGCCAAAGACAAUUCAAUUAAGACUAUUGCUAAUGUUCUAUUGAAGGACACAGCUUGGUUAUGGCAUUGCCAAUAUGGAUAUCUUUAUUUUGGUGGGUUGAAAGCUUUGCAGCAAAAGAAGAUGAUAAAUGGUCUUCCUCAUUUUGAUUCUCCUUCAGAAAUUUGUGAAAUCUACGUGGUCAGUAAGCAGCAUCGUGACAGCUUUCCUAAAGACAGAUCUUGGAGAGCAAAACAGACCAAGUCAGAAGCCUUAACAGCGUUUAAAAAAUUCAAAGUCUUAGCUGAGAAUGAGGUUGGCAGAUCUAUAAAGGUUCUGCAUACAGAUUGUGGUGGUGAGUUUAACUCAAAGGAAUUUGCAAAUUUUUGUGAGACUAGUGGUAUUAAAAGGCAACUCACAACAGCUUAUACACCUCAACAGAAUACUCCAGAAGCUAUUAAUUGGAGUGUUCACAUCUUGAGCAGAAGUCCCACAUCUCUACUUCCAGAUAUGACGCUAGAAGAGGCUUGGAAUGGACGCAGACCUACUGUUGAGUAUUUCAAAAUUUUUGGGUGCAUAGCAUAUGCACAUGUGCCAUAUCAGAAAAGGAGAAAACUUGAUGACAAAGGGAAAAAGAGUAUUUUCCUUGGUGUGAGUGAUCAGUCCAAAGCUUACAGAUUAUACAAUCCUAUAACCAAGAAGGUCAUUAUUAGCCGUAAUGUAGUGUUUGAUGAAGUAAGCACUUGGUCUUGGACAGAAAAAUCUAGGCGACAAAUUCCUGCAGAUUUCGAGAAUGGUGAAGAUCUGACUGUGCAGAACUCAAAAGAACCUAAUAUUGGAGGAAGUCUGCCAACAACACCAAAACUGGAAUCUGGAACUAAUUCCAGACCUCAAUGCAAAAAAAGAAGACCAACAUGGUUGGAGGAUUAUGAGGUAACAGAUCUACCUCAAGAUGAUGUUUCAGUUACUCAUUUUGCUCUAUUUGCAGAUUGUGAUCCAUUAACAUAUGAAGAGACCUGGGAGUUGACAAAUCUCCCAAAAGGGCAUAAGAUAAUUGGGGUUAAGUGGAUCUACAAGACAAAGCUCAAAGAGAAUGGGGAGGUUGACAAAUUCAAAACUCGCUUGGUAGCAAAAGGUUACAAGCAAGAGUUUGGCAUUGAUUAUCAAGAAGUUUUUGCUCCAGUGGCAAGGAUGGACACCAUCAGAUUGGUAUUUAUUGAUCAACCUCCUGGUUAUGUGAAAUAUGGUUCUGAGCAUAAAGUUUAUAGAUUGAAGAAACCAUUAUAUGGACUAAAACAAGCACCUAGAGCUUGGUAUAGUCAUAUUGAUGCUUAUUUCUUAAAGGAAGGUUUUCAAAAGUGCCCUUAUGAGCAUACACUUUACAUCAAAUUUGGAGAUGGAGUUUCAUGGUCUUCAAAGAAGCAGCCCAUUGUGACUUUGUCCACAACAGAAGUAGAGUAUGUGGUAACGACUUCUUAUGCUUGUCAAGCUAUUUGGUUGAGAAGAGUUUUGGAAGAACUUGAGCUAAAUCAACAUGAGGCCACUUCAAUUUAUUGUGAUAACAGUUCAGCUAUCAAGCUUUCAAAAAAUCCAGUUCUACAUGGGAGAAGCAAGCAUAUACAUGUGAGUGCCUUGAACCAUGCAAGGGCAGCGGCAACACCAAACAACCUUGUGGUGGUUAUGAGACCAGAAAAUGCGCAUGGUGACUACAUGUCAGCCCAAUUGUCCAAAAAUUAUUGUGCUAAGCAUCUCCUCUCAAGCAGCCAAUUUGUUAUUCUCCAAGUGAAAGAGAAAAUGUGGCGAGUUAUAAUUGAUGUUCAUGGGUAUUAUUGGAGCAUUUCUCAAGGUUGGAAAGAUUUUGCAGUCAGUAAUUGCCUAGAGGAGUUUGAUGUUUGUGUGUUCAACGCGGCAGGUCGACAUGAGGAUGGCACUUUGAUCUUUGAUGUUACAAUCUUUCGUGUUGUUCAGGAGGCGAUUCCACUAUCAUGUGUUUCACAUGAGUGUGGCUACAUGGGAAGCAAGUGCUGCAAGAGAGAGGCUCUCUUAGUGCUUCAUGCCUUAACACGUAGCAUAUAUCAUCAUUUGUUUUGAAUUUAAAUUUUGUUUGAAAUCGUUGUGAAGUAUUAUUGUUAUAAUUCUUUUAGUAUUCUAUUAUAAGAAAAAAUACUAUCAAAAAAUAAUCCCAAAUGCAACCUUAAAUAAAGAACUAAACGAAUU